AUGUUCAGAUGGCAUGCUCACCAUGAUGUGGACCUGCUGCGAGAAGUGGUAGCAGUUCGGCCGAAGUCUGCAAAUGACUGGAACACCAUAGCGGCCAAUUUGCAGAAUGCUUGGGGCGAGGAAGAAACACAAAGAAGUCCUAUCAAGGGACGUUCUUGUAAGGAGCAUUUUGAUGUCCUGUUAGCACACCACAAAGCUGGAAAUGCCUCAGCAUUAAAGAAGUAAGUAUUACUAUUUUGUAUAAUAAUUAUUGUUAGGGCCAUUCCAUUUAAUGUACACACACCCCUAUGGAGGAGGUCAAUAAAAUUUGAACCCCUAAGAAAAAAAAAUAAAAGUGCCGACACAACCCCCCCCCUGUCACCCCAGAAAUUAAGAACUUUUGCCUUACCCCUCGGAAAAAACGAAACGAUCAAAGGAUGUUGAUGCACACAACCCCUCAGAAACGGUUUUUUCAAGCCCCCUCAGAAAAUCUUGUCCAUAGGCUGGAGGGGGUGGGGGUAUAUUAAAUGGCAUGGCCCUUAUUAAUUUUAUGUAUCUUAUGGAUUAAGGGAAGUAAUAGCUACAAGGGUAAAAAACAUUGCAUUCAAGAAGCCCUUUACCAGUUACUCAUGAAUUGAUCUAGAAUGAGAAGGGUAGGGAGUCUUUUCCAUUCAUAUCUUGUUUUCAUAUCACAGGUCUGGCACUGAGGAGCAAUAUGGGGAAUUGCAGCAACUCCUGGAUGAUGCAUCUGCAUAUAUCACUGACAUGCAGAAUAAAAAGACAGCACCUAAGGCGAGAAAACAGUUACAAGAAGAACUGGAUAGAAAUAAUGCCAAACAGUUUAGAGAUGAUGCAAUGGUUGCUACGAGAGAAAGUAAGUUAAUAGUAGGGAUUAAUGCAGGGGAUAGGGGUGGUGGUGCAACUGAACAAACACUAGUAUUAGAAUACCAUAAUCUGUUCUUACUUUUUCCAGGCCCUUUGGAGGGGAGGAGGUUAUUAGAGAGGAGGGCUUAAUAAUUUUGUCUAAAAGGGGAGAGAACUUAUUAUAGUUGGAGGGGGAGGGGUCGAGUGAGGGUGCUUAUGGAGAGAUUACCAGGUGUACAGUGUAUUUUAGUCUUGUAGAAUUUAGCAUAUUUACAUUUCAUAUGAAAUGCCAGAUCAAGAGGGACUAAUAAAGGACCUUUAUGAAUGGUGUGAUGACAGUGAUGAGCACUUGUCUUACAAUUAAUACUAAAUUUUGUACAGAAAAUUCAAGGGCCAGAGAUUCAGAUGAAGAAACUACAGGGCCAUAUAGGUUAGCAAUUAGUCCAUUAGGGCAAACAACACUCUAA